CCCAGGGCGCAGGACCAGGGCGCAGGGCCCGGGGAGGGGGUCUGGGCGGCCCAUGGAGCCGGGGCUGCUGCGGCCGGCGCCGGUGAGCGAGGUCAUCGUCCUGCAUUACAACUACACGGGCAAGCUCCGCGGGGCGCGCUACCAGCCCGGCGCGGGCCUGCGCGCCGACGCCGCCGUGUGCCUGGCCGUGUGCGCCGUCAUCGUGCUGGAGAACCUGGCGGUGCUGCUGGUGCUGGGGCGUCACCCGCGCUUCCAGGCGCCCAUGUUCCUGCUCCUGGGGAGCCUCACGCUGUCCGAUCUGCUGGCCGGGGCCGCCUACGCCACCAACAUCCUGCUGUCGGGGCCCCUCACGCUGCGGCUGUCGCCCGCGCUCUGGUUCGCCCGGGAAGGCGGCGUGUUCGUGGCGCUGGCCGCGUCGGUGCUGAGUCUGCUGGCGAUCGCCCUGGAGCGCCACCUGACCAUGGCGCGCCGGGGCCCCGCGCCCGCCGCGCCCGCCGCGGCCGCCGGCAGGGGGCGCACGCUGGCGCUGGCGGCCGCCGCCUGGGGCGCGUCGCUGCUGCUGGGGCUGCUGCCCGCGCUCGGCUGGAACUGCCUGGGGCGCCUGGAGACCUGCUCCACCGUGCUGCCGCUCUACGCCAAGGCCUACGUCCUCUUCUGCGUGCUGGCCUUCCUGGCCAUCCUGGGGGCCAUCUGCGCGCUCUACGCGCGCAUCUACUGCCAGGUGCGCGCCAACGCGCGGCGCCUGCGCACUGCGCGGCCCGGGGCCGGCGCGCGGGCCUCGGCGGCGGCGGCGGCGGCGGCGGCGCGCGCGGCCCGGGCGCCCCGCUCGCUGGCGCUCCUGCGCACGCUCAGCGCCGUGCUGCUGGCCUUCGCGCUGUGCUGGCUGCCGCUCUUCCUCCUGCUGCUGCUCGACGUGGCGUGCCCGGCGCGCGCCUGCCCCGUGCUCCUGCAGGCCGACCCUUUCCUGGGCCUGGCCAUGGCCAACUCGCUGCUGAACCCCAUCAUCUACACGCUCACCAACCGCGACUUCCGACGCGCGCUGCUGCGCCUGCUGUGCUGCGGGCGCCGCCCGGGCCGCCGCCGCCGCGGCUCCCCCGCGGGGUCCCCCGGCAGCUCCCGGCGCCCGUCCGGCAGCGCCACCCGGGCCUCGGGCGCGCCGCCGCCCCAGGGCCUCAGCCUGGGCCCCGGCGGCGGCUCGGGCCGCAGCGCGCCAUCGUCGCCCCAGCGCGACGGGCUGGACACCAGCGACUCCACCACCAGCACCGGAACCCCCGGGGUCCCCACGGCCCCCCGGGCCCGGGCCCCUGAGCCAGCCACCCAUGGACGCCCACCCCAUCCACACCCCACCCCCAAGACUUUACUGUCAUUAUGA